AUGGAGACCAACUACCAACUACUACCACUACCAACAACUACCACUACCAACUACUACCACUACCAACUACUACCACUACCAACUACUACCACUACCAACAACUACCACUACCAACUACUACCACUACCAACUACUACCACUACCAACUACUACCACUACCAACAACUACCACUACCAACUACUACCACUACCAACUACUACCACUACCAACUACCAACUACCAACUACUACCACUACCAACAACUACCAACUACUACCACUACCAACUACUACCACUACCAACAACUACCACUACCAACUACUACCACUACCAACUACUACCACUACCAACUACUACCACUACCAACAACUACCACUACCAACUACUACCACUACCAACUACUACCACUACCAACUACUACCACUACCAACUACUACCACUACCAACAACUACCUAGUUAG